AUGACAACCCCUUUGGUGGAUAUAAAGUUCAAGGCUCUUCGUGAUCCCAGAGACCUUAAUGAAUUUACAACGUUGACGUUUAACGAUGCUUUCGGUGAACCUCCACAUGUUGAGAGCGAAUACUGCUGUUGGAACACAAGUAACACAGCGUUCACGUGCGCGCAAGGCACGUGCUACAAGAUCCUCAGCUCGCUAUGUGCAGUCCCUCUUGCAUUUCUGUACGGUCUAUGGACUGUCUCAGGCUUGACUGUUCUAUCACUGCCACCGAGUCUCAGACUUGAGACUGUUCACAAGGACUGGCACGGAGUCUCAGACUUGAGACUGUUUGCAAGCACUGCCCCGAAAUCUCCGACUUGA